GGAGUAAAGAGGAAAGAAGGACUAGGAGAACACCGCAAGGCAAAGCACCAGAAACUUUCCACCCUGGAUUCUCUACUUUUGCUCCAUGGACAGAGCCUCAGCCAGCCAAGUUACAGACAGACCGUGAGCAGUCCCUGCGCGUUUUAUUGCGACCUGCCGGUGGGAACUUUGUCUCCGAGUCGGAGCAGCAUGGAGCGGCGGAGCGAGAGCCCGUGUCUGCGGGACAGCCCCGACCGGCGGAGCGGCAGCCCCGACGUCAAGGGGCCUCCCCCGGUGAAGGUGGCCCGGCUGGAGCAGAACGGCAGCCCCAUGGGAGCCCGCGGGAGGCCCAACGGCGCCGUGGCCAAGGCCGUGGGAGGUUUGAUGAUUCCUGUCUUUUGUGUGGUGGAGCAGUUGGAUGGCUCUCUUGAAUAUGACAACAGAGAAGAACACGCGGAGUUCGUCCUGGUUCGAAAAGAUGUGCUUUUUAGCCAGCUGGUGGAGACCGCGCUCCUGGCCCUGGGGUACUCCCACAGCUCCGCAGCUCAGGCACAAGGAAUCAUCAAGCUGGGCAGGUGGAACCCUCUCCCCCUUAGCUAUGUGACAGACGCGCCCGACGCCACCGUGGCCGACAUGCUGCAGGACGUCUAUCAUGUUGUGACACUGAAAAUCCAGUUACAAAGUUGUUCGAAGCUGGAAGACUUGCCGGCGGAGCAGUGGAACCAUGCCACAGUCCGCAAUGCCUUAAAGGAACUGCUCAAAGAGAUGAACCAGAGCACAUUAGCCAAAGAAUGCCCUCUCUCCCAGAGUAUGAUUUCAUCCAUUGUAAAUAGCACAUAUUAUGCCAACGUGUCAGCAACCAAGUGCCAGGAGUUUGGGAGAUGGUAUAAGAAGUACAAGAAGAUUAAAGUUGAAAGAGUGGAACGAGAAAACCUUUCAGACUAUUGUGUUCUGGGCCAGCGUCCAAUGCAUUUACCAAAUAUGAACCAGCUGGCAUCCUUGGGGAAAACCAACGAACAGUCUCCUCAUAGCCAAAUCCACCACAGUACUCCAAUCCGAAACCAAGUGCCCGCAUUACAGCCCAUCAUGAGCCCUGGUCUUCUUUCUCCCCAGCUCAGUCCACAACUUGUUAGGCAACAAAUAGCCAUGGCCCAUCUGAUAAACCAACAGAUUGCUGUUAGCCGGCUCCUGGCUCACCAGCAUCCUCAAGCCAUCAACCAGCAGUUCCUGAACCAUCCGCCCAUUCCCAGAGCAGUUAAGCCAGAGCCAACCAACUCUUCCGUAGAAGUGUCUCCAGAUAUCUACCAGCAAGUCAGAGAUGAGCUGAAGAGGGCAAGUGUGUCCCAAGCUGUCUUUGCAAGAGUGGCAUUCAACCGCACACAGGGAUUGUUGUCUGAGAUUUUGCGUAAGGAAGAAGACCCUCGGACAGCCUCUCAGUCUCUCUUAGUAAACUUGAGGGCCAUGCAGAAUUUCCUCAAUCUGCCGGAAGUGGAGCGGGAUCGCAUAUACCAGGACGAGAGAGAGCGGAGCAUGAACCCCAAUGUGAGCAUGGUCUCGUCAGCCUCUAGCAGUCCCAGCUCCUCCCGAACCCCUCAGGCCAAAACCUCGACACCGACAACAGACCUCCCCAUUAAGGUGGACGGCGCCAACGUCAACAUCACAGCUGCCAUUUAUGACGAGAUCCAACAGGAGAUGAAAAGGGCCAAGGUGUCUCAAGCCCUGUUUGCCAAAGUGGCCGCAAAUAAAAGUCAGGGCUGGUUGUGCGAACUGCUCCGCUGGAAGGAGAACCCCAGCCCAGAGAACCGCACGCUCUGGGAGAACCUCUGUACCAUCCGCCGCUUCCUGAACCUUCCCCAGCACGAGAGGGAUGUGAUCUAUGAGGAAGAGUCGAGACAUCACCACAGUGAGCGCAUGCAGCACGUGGUCCAACUCCCCCCUGAGCCAGUGCAGGUCCUGCACAGACAGCAGUCUCAGCCGGCCAAGGAGAGCUCCCCGCCCAGAGAAGAAGCUCCUCCCCCACCUCCUCCCACGGAAGACAGUUGUGCCAAAAAGCCCCGUUCUCGCACAAAGAUCUCCCUGGAAGCCCUGGGGAUCCUCCAAAGCUUUAUUCAUGAUGUGGGCCUGUACCCUGAUCAGGAAGCUAUCCACACGCUUUCUGCGCAGCUGGAUCUCCCCAAACACACCAUCAUCAAGUUCUUCCAGAACCAGCGGUAUCACGUGAAGCAUCACGGGAAGCUCAAGGAGCACCUGGGCUCCGCGGUGGACGUGGCCGAGUAUAAGGACGAGGAGCUGCUGACGGAGUCCGAGGAGAACGACAGCGAGGAAGGCUCCGAGGAGAUGUACAAAGUGGAGGCCGAGGAGGAAAAUGCCGAAAAGAGCAAGGCGGCGCCUGCUGAAAUUGACCAGAGAUAAUGUGAACUCCUACCAGGCCAAGCAAUACGUCGGUCCAAGGAUUUUCCGUUUUAAUUUCUUUAAAAGCAUUUUCUUCCUUUUUUUUUUUUUUUUGCUUUAUUUUAUCUUAUUUUUGUCUCCUUUUUUUGUCUGUUUUGUUUUUCUUACCUUUUUUGACAUUUCUUCGUUGCACAGGAUACACCUAUAGACUGAAUAAGUUCAGUAUUUCCGAAUCAGACAUCGCCUUGGCAAAGACACUCAAGUGUUACACUUUUACAAUUGACUGGAUCAUAAUAAUUAUAAUCACAGGAGACUCUGCCUUCAUUAUCCUUGCACUUAGGGAAGAGACAUCAGGCAAGUUCCAGGAUGAAAAGAUCUACGAAAUAAAUGAAGGAAGCUACAAGUGUGUGUGUAUAUGUAUAUGUAUAUAUCUAUAUAUUUACAUAUAUAUAUUAAAUUGCAUGGGACAGAGAACUUUACAAUCCGAAAGAAUAGACUGUGAAAUGAGUUCUUAAAGAAGAGACUUGUUUAUGUAUUUAAAAAAAAAAAAAAAAAAAAACACUUCACAGUGAGUCGCUUUGGCUUUUUGAUAAACUGCGGCCUGCUCUCAGGGUGGGGUGACUAUUUUUGAAUUCCUAUUUAUUUUCUGUGUUCGUCCCUGAUUUUUUUUUUUUUUUAAUUCUAUGGCUUCCUAUCUGGCAGCUUGAUGGGUAAUUUUUGAGGUAUGUAUUUAACAAAAUAAAUCAACACUGCCAAAAAGAAAGAAGAAAGUAAAGUGGAAAAGAAAUCAGGGCACCUUAAAAUGAUACAAGUCAAAUUGCUCUUAAGACACAAUGCACACUUAAAAUGACUCGAUAUGUUCCGUUAUUCAACUUGUCAUUCCUGUAGUGAACAGAUGCAUUUCUGUGGAAUUCCAAAUGAAUAAAACUGUAAUUCAGUACAGAGAAAACUUGUCCUUUAAGUGCAGUCUUGAUAAAAUGACAUUUUGACGUUGGACGUAUGGAAUUCAUAGUACGAGCCACGUUUUAUUGUGAAACUUAUUUACCUGUUCGUGGCUUCAGAUUUUAAAAUUAAUAAGCCUGCUCAUUUAAAAGUUGUUUGUUGUUGCUGUUUUCUCUUUUUUUCUUUCUUUCUCUCUUUUUUUUAAAAAUAGAAAAUAGUUCAAUGUAAUGUUAAGUUAGAAAAGAAGUCGCUGCCCACUUAAAGGGGUUCCCUCUCCCAUAAACCUCCAUCCUUCCGUCUCCCAAAAGAUGUUUCUUAAUUUCUGUUUCACUUGGGGCUUCCUCUUCUUUGUACACAUUCCAUCCACUUCACCAAACGUCUGUGGUCCCUGCUGUCAUGCCUCCUCCCUUCCCCGGUAUGGCAGCCUGAACAAGAACCCGUUUUCGAAUCAUUGUGCAGCUCCAGGCAGUAGAGUAAGCGAAGCGAUUUCAGUUGGAAUCACCUACUCGUCAUAAACGGAAACAUCUUCUCAGUUACCUACAUAGCGAUGACCUUACGUAAAGCAGAACUAAUACCGACUGGCUGUGCAGCGGAACGAGCAUUAAAGCUGCAGUCUACUAUGGGUCUCCAGACCUCCUGUGGCUUCCUCUCAGAAGCAUCACUAGCAUUACUUCCCACUUCUCCUUAGAGUAAUUGCAAGAGGUGACCUCACCUUCGGGACCCGAUCCCUGCUUCGCGCGGCCAUCAAACAGUCCCACCUGGUUGGAUUUUUUUGGAGUUGUGCUCUCAUGCAACCUUGUCAAAGACCUCAUGCAAUAUCACUUUGAAAGUUAUUUUCUGUUUACUACACAAACAUUGUAAUAUAACUGUUAAUACUAUUUAUAUAUUUGAAAGGUAUAAAAGGUAGGAGUUAAAAAAAAAACCUCUAUGUGUAGAUAUUAACUCAGAACUUACACUAUACAGGGAGAAGACAUGUUGCAAUACAAGCUAAUUCUAGCUGCUCAGUAACCUCUGGAGGUUUGAAAGGGACAUUUUCCUGUACUUUUUCAGAUAACGAUGUCAAAACAUUCUCUUGACGCGAGCGUCACGUACCUUUGCAAAAGGAUGGUGGUUUGCAGUUAAGGCCUGGGCCCGUCCUUCUGCUUCUGUAGUAUGCUGCAGCUUUAAUCUGAAAGUCCACGCUUGCUGCUUGCUGAUCUCCGAGUUACUCUUUCCAAAUUGUCUUCUUACACUGUUGCUGAAGGUCACUCUGUACACGUAAUGGAAACUGAUUUUGCCAAGCUCUUACAAGGUGGUUCAUCUAUCGAUGGCAUCCGCAUUUGGUAUCUUUUACACUUCAACCAAAAAUUUAUUAGGUAUUUUUCAAUGCUAAGUCUUGCCUUUUAUUUUUUAAUUUCACUGCCGAGUUUGCAGUGAUUCUAAGUGAAUCUGUGGGCAUUUUAGCCUGUGGUCUUGCCAGAUCUUUGCGAAUUACAAUGCAUAUAUGUCUAUUUAUUCAAUAUCUGUCAUAUAAUAUCUAUUUGGAAGAAGAAACUUUCUCUUGUAGUGCCUCUUGACAAAGCACAAUUUCCCGCCUUUUUUUUUUUUUUUUGUGAAAUGAAAAAAACAAAUUGUGUUUUAUUGCGGUAUCAACAAUGUGAAUAAGGAUUAACAUAUUGUAAAUGUUCUUUUUUCCAUG